UUUUAUGAUCAUACAAACCUGUGAAGAUGAAAUUGAAGAGUUUGUUAGUAUGUGUGAUGGUUUUAGUACAAGUACUAAUGUGCUGUGAAGGCUGUUGGAAGCAAGAGAGAGAAGCACUUGUUUCUCUAUUUUCCCGUAUGGGAGAUACUGUGUAUUAUACGAAAGACAGCAUAGAUUGUUGUCAAUGGGAUGGAGUUGAAUGCAAUACCACUUCGGGAAGAGUAGCGAAACUGAAUCUCAUGCAAUUCAAUCCAGAACAAUAUUGGCAACUUAACUACUCUGAUUUUCUAAUCUUCCAAGAUUUAAAGACUCUGGAACUCUCACGUACCCAAAUAUCCAAUUGUACAAGAACUGAUCAAGGGUUGAAAUAUUUGGAAGUUCUUGACUUGAGUCAAAAUCCUUUCGAAAAUGCUAUGAGCAUUCUGUCUUGUCUGGAUGGACUUUCAUCUCUUAAAUCUCUAUCAUUAGCAGCUGGAGACUACGGGUCCUACUUUGAGAACACUCCUUUACACACUUUUCAGACAGUUUUGAAAACAAUUCCAUCAAAGCUGCCGCAUCUGGAGGUCCUUGACAUAAGUGCAUACAAUUUGACAAAUGAAAUCCUGCCUUCACUAAAGGGAUUCACAUCUACGAAGGAACUGCAUUUGGGUAACAUUGGAUUGGACUCAGAUCUCCAUAUACAAGAACUGUGGGACAUAUUGAAGAAUCUUGAGAUUCUUGAUAUUUCCGGCAACCGCUUCAAUGACACUGAUAUUACAUCUGCUCUUAGUGGACUUUCUUCUCUCAAGAGUUUAAGUUUAGCGAGGAGUGAAAUUACUCGAAAAACAAUUCACAAUAUAUCAAAACUGAGGAAUUUGGAGAUUCUUGACUUAACCGAUAUCGACUUGAAUGGAUCGUUUGAUAUCAGUGUUUUUCAUGGCCUAAGUAAUUUGGAAUACUUGACAUUAGACUUCAGUAACUUGAAAAAUGAGUUUUUCAAAAGUAUUGGAGACGUGCCUUCUUUGAAAGUUUUGUCCGCAAAAUAUUGUGGGAUAAACGACACCCUUCCAAUUGCAGGUAAUUAUUUUUAUCAUUUUUUAUUAUUAGAACAACUUUUACGUAUGCAUCACAACCCAAAUGUAACUGGAAUUUGUGUCAACCUUUCAUUUUCAGAUUGGUGGAAGCUUAAGAAAUUGGAAAUUUUAGAUCUCUCCUACAAUAAUUUUGUGGGGAAGCUCCCCUCAUCUUUUGUGAACAUGACAUCACUUCGAACUUUGACACUUACUAAUAAUCACUUUAUUGGUAAUAUUGGUCCUAAUCUUGCUACUUUUACAUCACUUGAAUAUCUUAAUUUCGAAAGAAACCAACUUGAAUUUCCUAUUUCAUUUACAUUAUUUUCCAAUCAUUCAAACCUAAAGUUUAUCUAUGGCAACGAGAAUAAAGUCAUCCCCGACUCACACUCAUCUUUGAAAACAUGGGUUCCCAAAUUUCAAUUGCAAGUGCUUCAAUUGUCUUCAACAACUGAGGCUAAUUCCAUUCCACUUCCAAACUUUCUUCUUUACCAAAAUAAUUUGACUGAUGUUGAUUUCACUAACUGUAAACUAAGAGGAGAGUUCCCAAAUUCUUUAUUAGAAAACAACACGAAAUUGGAAAGUCUUGUUCUUAGGAAUUGUUCCCUUAAUGGAGAUUUCCAGCUUCCGUCUCGUCCUCAUCUCAACAUGGCAAAAAUUGAUGUAUCUAGCAAUAUUAUAACAGGCCAAAUGUUGAGCAAUAACAUCAGUUCAAUUUUUCCAAACUUGCGUAGUCUAAACAUGUCUAGAAAUUCAAUUCAUGGUUCUGUUCCUAAUGAGGUAAGUUACUUAAGCACUCUAUAUGAAUUGGAUCUAUCUGAUAAUGAAUUGUCUGGUGAAAUACCUCAUAUGUUGUUUAUGUCCAGUUUUUUAGAGUAUUUAUUGUUGGAUGGUAAUAGUCUUUCAGGAAACAUCCCAAGUAACUUUUCUAACUUAUUUAACCUCGAAAAUUUGGACAUAAGCAAUAAUAAAUUCAUUGGAAAAAUUCCAAGUCAUAUAAAAAAUUGUUCUAGCUUGAUUGAGCUUUCAAUGUCCAAUAACAAUUUUGAAGGAUCUAUCCCAUCAGAAUUAGCACAACUUGAAACUCUUGCUUUUCUAGAUCUUUCACAAAAUAAUUUGGUAGGUUGUGUCCCAUCUUUUGAAAGUUAUUCUACCACUCUUAUCCAUUUGAGUGACAACAAAUUCAGUUGUUUGUCCAAAAAUAUGUUUAAAAAAGGAUCUCCUUUGGUGGCACUAGACCUUAGCAACAAUGAAAUAACAAAUGGAAUCCAUGAUCUAAUACACAAUCUUCGCUACACAGAGUUAAGCAUCCUCCUUAUGAAAGGUAAUCACAUCACAGGAAGUAUACCAAAGCAAUUAUGCCACCUGACAAAUUUAAAUAUAUUAGACCUUUCAUAUAACAAUUUUGUUGGGGAAAUACCUAGUUGUUUGGGUAAAACGCCUUUUGAAAACAGUGAUCCAGAGGGAUUAAGGGAGAAAUUCAAUGGUGCCGUCAAUAAUAGUGAAGAUAUUAAUUAUCGAUUUGGGAAAGAGAGAGAUAACUUUACAUCAAAAAAAAGAAUAGAAACCUAUACCACAAAUGUCCUUAUUUAUAUGUCUGGGAUUGACUUAUCUCACAAUCAACUAAAUGGGAGUAUUCCAUCAGAGUUUGGACACUUGAGAAGAAUUCUAGCACUGAAUUUGUCCAACAAUUUUUUCACUGGAAAAAUUCCAGCAACAUUCUCCAAUUUGGUGCAAGUGGAGAGUUUAGAUCUUUCUUUCAACAUGUUAUGUGGCCAAAUUCCUCCUCAACUAAGUGGAUUGACUUCCCUUGAAGUAUUCAGUGUUGCACACAACAAUUUAUCAGGCACGACACCAGAAAGGAAAGGACAAUUUAUUACCUUUGAUGAAAGCAGCUAUGAAGGUAAUCAAUUUCUCUGUGGACCUCCACUGCCAACAAGUUGCAAUUCUAGUGGAGAAGCACCUAAUACAUUACCAAAUGACGUGAACAUGGAUGGAGAUAAUGAUAGUUGGGUGGACAUGUAUGUUUUCCGUGUGAGCUUUGUGGUGGCAUACACAUCAGUAUUGUUGGUAAUUGCAAUUGUUCUGUUCAUCAAUCCUUAUUGGAGGCAAGCAUGGUUUUACUAUAUAGGAAUGGUGUGUAUGAAUUGCUUCUACUUCUUAGAAGACAAUUUAUGUGUGUUCUAAUUAUUAUAAUAUAUAAUAUGUGAAGUUGCAUGUCAUGAAUAUGUAUUUUGUUUCUUCUAUGUGUAACUCAAUAAAAAAUUACAUUAGUAUUAU